UCUUGGCCGAGUUUUUCCUCGGGCGAGAAACCUACACAGUCCGCAUAAAGGCCCGCAUAAAGUACGCCAAGAUGGCCACAGAGUCUCAGCAAGAUACAAAAUAUGAGAAAAGACGAGUUCUGCUAGCCAUAGACCACAGUGAGCACAGUAUGAGGGCAUUUGAAUGGUAUUUUGAAAACAUCCACAGAGAUGAUAAUCUUCUGAUGUUAGUUCACUCACAAGAACUUCCUCCAAUUUUCAUUCCGCCGGAUGCUUUUGGAACGACCCUGUAUAAUGAAUGGUUGGCAGAAGCGAAGAAGGCUAGCUUACAAAGCAAGAAACUACUGGAGGGGUUUGAAAGGAUGUGUAAAGAGCGGCAUUGCGAGUGUGAGAAGCAUCUACUGGAAGGAGACAACCCUGGACCAGCCAUCAUCAAACUGAUAAAAAAGUCCAAACCUAACUAUGUGGUGAUAGGGUCACGUGGCCAGAGCAUGGUCCGAAGGACUGUCAUGGGCAGUGUGAGCGACUUCAUAAUACAUCAUGCACAUGUUCCUGUAUGCAUCAGCCCUCCCUGAUUGUUGGAUUAAAAAAUAGUGAAUAGGCAUGUACAUGUACAAUGAAAACCGCACCCUAGAGCAGUUCCCUUGGAGAGACAUCUCAACCUCGCUGGCCACUAAAUAGAGACCUUCAAGGCUCUAGAACCAGGGUAUAGAGCAGUUAUUAUUUAUUACAAUUUCUCAAUUAUGCGACAAAUUUUCUUGUUCUCAAGGUUGUCUAACUAGAAUGCAAGCACAUCAACCAUGAAACGUGGGGUUGCCUUGCUGGAAUAAAAUUGGAAAAAAGGGGAAAAGGUUUUUCCUUACCCAGGGCUGUAUGCUGUCCUCCCCUUUUUAUCUUUCGGCCUUUACAACACGGAUAUUGGUACUGGGUCACUAUUCAUGUCCAUGAAAAAGCAAUAUUUAAAAGAACCUGGGAAAAACUGGCAGGUACUGCUUCCUCCAGCAUAAAUGUAGAUAGUAGGAAAAGACAACCCAACUCUGACACCAAAAAGCAAUAUUUGCUUGUUGAAAGAAAGCCAAGUUUUCAUACAUUCUAUGAUUAUGGUAUCUGUGUCUACCCAUCCCCUUCAGCAAAUCAUAAUUACACGCAGAAGGUAAAAAAAUGUCUACAAUCGCAUAGCGCAACAUGCUCGAAGAUCCAGCGUAUUUUGCGGGCGUUUCCUUUUCCCGGGCGUUUCCCGCAAAGAACGCUGGAUCCUGGAGCAUAAUAGCACAAGGGCCUUACUGCUCAUGGCCUAAUUCAUGGUGCAUACAGGUAUUAGUGAUCAGUUUGAAGGGUCCCAAUUUCUCUCGUGAUCGGGCCUUACUUCUUAAAGUGCACUAAGGGCUUAAAUGUUUACGUUGCACAAGUGCUUAAUUGUUCAAGGGCCUAACUGCUCAUAGUGUGCACGGUCCUUAUUGCUAACGGUGCACAAGGGCUUAAUUGCUCAUGGCUAAUAAUAAUGUUUAGUUAUUUACGAGACGGACAAACGACCGCAUGGUAAACGCCGCCAUGUUGAAUUUAUUACACACACAGAACCCGGAUGUGAAUCGCGUGACAUAUCAUUACAGUAGAGUAAAGCAGAGGUAGCCGAGUUUUUCGAUACAUAGACUAGGGAAUACUAGGGACUAAAAGUGAUCACUUCUAACA